UUUCCAAGAAGAUGAAUUCUUUUGUUCUAAUUUUAUUUUUGAUGCUCCUAAACAUUGAAAUUUCACAUUCUAAAGUUUUAACACCUGAAAAGACUGACUUAAAACAAAAAGAAGAAAAAUUGGAAAUUGACCAAAAGGAUUAUGAAACAAUUGACAUUGAUACAGAACCAAUAACUGAAAAUUUUGGUGUAAUUGCUUAUGAAGAAUUUCCUUUUCCAACAGACAAUCUCUUCAUUUCUUUUAAAAAUUUAAAAAUUAAUUACACAAUUAUAUUGCCUACACCAAAUGGAAUAUGCCCUUUAAAGACCAAAAUGUUUGUUUUUGUUCCGAGUAGAGCUGAUGGAUUUUAUACACGGCAUAUGAUUAGAAAUUCUUGGGGAGCGAAUUUGGCAGAGAGGAGUAUUGUGUUGAAAUUCAUUGUUGGAUGGCCGCAAGAACAAAAAGUAUUUGAAUUAAUGCAAGAGGAAUUGAUCAAAUUUGACGAUUUAGUUGUUUAUGAUAUUGACGAUUCUUACAGGAAUUUGUAUUUGAAGGUUUAUGUAGCUCUCCAAUGGCAACAAAUCUUCUGUUCAACUGCUCAAUAUAUUCUAAAAACAGAUGAUGACACAAUUGUUGAUUUUGACAGACUUUUUUGGUGGAUAGACAAUGAUUUUGGUCACAGAGUGUCUAAAUACCCUGCUGCUGUUUUUGGUGGAAUGAUUAAAAGAUCGACUCCAAUUCGUAAUGAAAAGCAUAGAUGGUAUGUCUCCCCAAUUGACUUUCCCCAUCCAAUAUUUCCACAUUACACCAACGGACCUACAUAUUUACUUACAUCAAAAGCAGUUCAAGCGAUAAUGAAUCUUACAGAGAAUGUUCACGCUUUUCCAAUUGAGGAUGUUCUUUAUACUGGAAUUUUGGCCAAUUUAGCAAAUGUUAAAAAAUUUAGUAUUUGGGAACACUUUAGAAUUGGAAAACAUGUAAAUAUAGAUUUUUUAAAAAUUAUUUUUAAAUAA